UUGUUUGUGUGCCCUCGUCUUGCAAAUGAGACCAUUCACGAAGAUCCAAAUAUAGUGUAAUUAGAGUCAUUAGAUACGUAGCUGAAUUUGAAUGACUGGGGUUGGCGAUCUCGGGGCUUCUUAUUAUGCAAGCGCAUUUUAUGGGCCUGUGGGGUGCAAAUGGGUGGUUAGGGGCACGAACAAAACAGGGGGGUGGAGAAACAGAAUUCAAAUUCUAAGUGGCAGAAUGCUCCCAUUGUCAGUGGAGGGGCAUAUCCUUUAAACCACGGAGGUAGGGGUCCUUUUCUGAAUCGCUGCUUCACUGGACGGAGGUGGUACAACUUGGAGCUCUACGGACCCACCACCAUGGCUUCUACCACCUGCUCUUGGAUUGCCUUAUUUUUCCUGGCUGUGACUAAUAGUUUUAUUGGAAUACAGUGCCGUGUGGUGCCGGAAUUACUGUCAAAGUCGUCUGGUUUUCUAGAUGGACACAAAACUUUACCCACAGAUAUCUUGAGGCGAUUGCGAAGGGAGAGCGUGGAUACGCAGCGGCAACAUUGCGCUCUGUUAGCAGCGCCUUGGGUGGAAACCAACACGAUCCCUAAGGAUUUGGCACAGUUACAUCGUCUUCGGGUGCUUUCAAUGCCCCAAGAUGGUUUACGGCGUGCGGUUUUUCCAGAGCAGCCGCUUUUCCGUUUUGUCAGACGGGUCUAUCAUUGCUGUCAGUUAGGUUUCCAUUGUAGAGGCGUCAAGGGGAUUCAGGGUCGUAUCAGUGGAGAUACAGAAGUGGAGUUCCUUCUCAGUCAUGAUGUUCUGUCAGUGACAGUUAUGAGAGCUGAGAUUCAUAUCCAUGUGAUAAACCCCCAACACCUGAAUAUAGAGCCAGUUCUUCCAUACAUGGCUAAGCGCAAGCUUCCAACACGAUACAGUUUGGGCUUAAAGGAGAACAUCCUGGAGCUUCGUGUGGAUCUGCUGUUCCUAUUCCAAGGUCUUCAGGAGGCAGCUGGUGGUGCCAGAGGGGGGCCAAGCCUGGUUCACAUGCGGAAAGUGGGGGAGCUUUCAAGCGGGGGUCCUCAAGGAAGGCCAGGAGCUCCAUGGUCUCUGCAGGACACCAAUACUGAUAUGUGGGGGAAGGGCCUGGUUCCUCUGCUGACGUCUGUGGAACUGGGCCUUGCCCUGAACUGUGACAGGGGGGGAGUGGAGGUUUCUUGUGAGCACAAUGGCGUCCACCUAUUACACUCUCCAUUCAUAGCUCUCUCUUACAGAUGAAGUUUACAGACACCAGGACUGUGCACUCUGUCACAUUUUACCUACAGCUGCUCCAUGACCCAAUUUCCAUGUUGUCUCUAAUGUCCUCAAGUCUCUGAAGCUGCAUUUAUCUUUAAUUCAAAUUUUUUUUAGGUAAAGGUGACAGAUGUGAUGUCUUCACUACAUGACUUUUGCAAUAACCGUUUGUUACAUACUACCCCAAAGAGUGGAUAUACAUAACACCCUACAUGUUGGGUUCUGUGCACUUCAGCAAAUGCUUGAAUAUAUUAACUUAUCGGUGUUUAUGUUUUGUAAAAAAAAAAGUGUGUAAAGAUGUAAAUAGUGUAUAUAAUCACAUAUGUUUAUUGGAAAUAGUUUUUUUCUUAAUUGAAACUCAGUCUUAUUAAAUGUGUUGAAAACAUG